AAGACACCGUAGAGGCAGUGGACAGGGAAAAAUCAAGUUCGGACUCCUUACACUUUUUUAGACAACUGUCACCCAGGUGUUCAAAAAAUAUAGAUAAUAUUGUUUAGAAAGGACCCCAAUGUCUGCUUCUCGUGCCGUAACCGAUCUUGGUCAGAACCCCCAAGAUGUGUUUUUGGAUGCGUCCAACCUACUGAUCACCUAUGCAGAUAACAUUCUCAGCCAUCCAAAUGAAGAGAAAUACAGAUCAAUUAGGCUUGGAAAUCCAAUUUUUUCUUCUAGGCUGCUGCCUGUCAGGGGUGCAGUAGAUUGCUUGUUUGAAAUGGGAUUUGAGGAGGGAGAGACUCAUCUUGUGUUUCCCAAAAGUGCAUCUGUUCAACGCCUAAAGGAUGUUAGAGAACAGAUUGCCAGUGAGCGGCAGAAGAGAGCGGGUGGAACACUAACUGUACAAAAUAAAACACUUCCUUCACAGAAUGCCUCCUCAUCGCAGUGUAUUCGGUCAGAAGAGCCACAGCUUGCUGAAGAAACUGUGACACACCCUGUAUCAUCUUUGGAACAGUCUCUGUUACGUCCUCCAAUUAGAGGUGGACCGGUAGAUCAACAAGCAUUUAUGGAAUCUGAAGUGAAAUUUUUUAGAACUCUGCAGACAAACUUCCAACAUGUUCUGAUGUAUGAAUCGCCUGCUAUCCAACAAAAAGCAUUGACCUGCAUACCUGUUGAGCGAUUGCUAGCAAAGGCGAAUGAGAAACUUACACAAGCGAGGGCUGUUGACAAAGGCACAAAUGCAACUGUAGAUGACUUUCUGCUGCUGGAACUCCUGAACUGGUUCAAGACAGAAUUUUUCCACUGGGUAGAUGCUCUUCCAUGCAGUCAAUGUGGUGGAAAGACUCAGGCAUCUGGUAGCCUGACUCCAUCUACAGAUGACCUACGGUGGGAUGCUCAAAGAGUAGAGAACCAUUUCUGCAGUCAGUGCAACCUGAGCAAUAGAUUUCCAAGGUAUAACAAUCCUGAGAAACUCCUGGAAACUAGAAGGGGUCGAUGUGGAGAGUGGGCCAACUGCUUCACACUUUGCUGCAGAGCUGUGGGCCUUGAAGCAAGAUAUGUCUGGGACAAAACAGAUCACGUGUGGACAGAGGUGUAUUCUGCAUCUCAGCAGAGGUGGUUACACUGUGAUCCCUGUGAAAAUGUCUGCGACAAACCACUUCUUUAUGAAGUCGGAUGGGGAAAGAAGCUAUCCUAUGUCAUUGCUUUCUCCAAGGAUCAGAUUGUUGAUGUAAGCUGGCGAUACUCUUGUAAGCAUGAGGAACUACUGACUCGAAGAACCGAAGUCCGAGAAGGAUGGCUUAGGGAAGCAGUCAAUGAACUUAAUGCUAUGCGACAACAGUCUUUACCUGAUGCUAGAAAAAGAAUUCUUCUUGAAUGUUUGCUUGCAGAACUGGUUGAAUUUAUUUCACCAAAGACACCAAACCCUGGGGAACUAGGAGGGAGAACAUCAGGAUCUCUGGCAUGGAGAGUGGCCAGAGGUGAAACAAGCUUGCAGAGAACACAGAUAAUUUUUAAACCUGUGGAAAACGAAAAAAUGUCCAAAAAACUUCACCUCAGAUAUAACACUGCAAAAGACCACUAUGUAAGAGUCUCAAACAACAAUGAAGAAAUACAUGGAUGGGAAAAUGGUGUAUGGAACAUGCAGUCUGUCUUCAGAAAAGUUGAGAAUGACUGGCAGAUGGUAUAUUUGGCCCGAACAGAAGGAUCCUCUUCGGCUAACAUCAGCUGGAAGUUUGAAUGUGGUUCAUUAGGUCUGUCAGUAGAAACCAUUUCUGUGUUAACAAGUAGUCAGACAUUUAACUCCGGCACUGUGAGGUGGAAACUUCAUUCCGGCAGUGGUUCAGGCAUAGAGUUGAGAGGAGAUAAUACUCUUCAUACUUUCUCGGAUUUUGCUGGGGCUACAGAAGUUGUGUUGGAAGCAGAUCUCUGUGGUGGCGAGGGAAACACUGCAUGGCAGCAUACUCAACUGUUUCGUCAAAAACUGACUGAUAGUGACAGCUUUCCUUUAGAUGUAAUAAUCACCUUUAAGGAAACAUGAGACUGAGGAUAGAACAGACAACAUUAGCUGCAUAUCAACAGUGAACUGGACUGCUACGUGGAUAUAUAUGAAGAACAGCUAAGCAGCAGUUUACAUGUUCUUGCCAGUUCCUUUCUUCACAAAUUUUAAUUAAUCCUGGCCAUGUUUGAUUAUGAUGGUUAUGGGAAAAGUUAUAUUUACUUGUACCAUUUUCCAGAUCUGUAGAACUAUGUUUAUUAUAUGUUAGAGCAACACAGGAGUUUGUUUGCAUUCCAUCAGAAACUGCUUACCGGAACAUUGCAUUGUUUCUGAUAAGGAUGACUGUCUGCCCCUCCUGUCUUUUUCCAUCAUUGUUUUUGUGUGCCACACUCAUUAAUGAGACAUCAUUACUGCAGUAAACUACAAGAAGUUUGAUUUAUAAAUAGUUUGGGCUCUGGCUUACUGUUAUAGAAACUAUUUUAAUGUUUGUCUUCAUUAUGUACUCUGAAGAAAAUUUACCUCAAAAUAUUUUUGUAGCAAGUUUUUUUCAUUAAGCAUUCCUUUAUUUCUUCUCCAAAGCUGGUUCUAACCUGAAGUGCUUUGAAUUAAGUAGCUGGAUAUGUGUUCUUUUUGUAUGUGCAGUGCAUUGGUUUUGCUUCAAAACAGAAUAAAAAAUAACCUUGUUAUAGUCAGGUUUAUACAUACGAGCAUGCAUAUAACAAGCUUGUAGUGCAUGGAACACUGUGGCUAUGCUCAAAAAUGGUUAAAUAAUUCCCUGGUUAAGCGCUACUAUAUAAUGUGAAACUCGACCUUAACAACACUUAGAAGAUUGUUAAGCACCCCGUAGGCACUGUUAACAUUGAGUCUGCACUAAAAUCAAAUAACGCUGACUGGAAAACAGAUUCAGCAUGAUACAAAACAGCUUUGUUUCAACUCCCAUUUCUGCCUUCUGUGGGCUAAAGUAUACCCGGUACUUUGGUUGCAUCUACUUCCUUCACACAGGUAGUACAUAAAGUGACAUCCAGUUUCCAACUGCUUUCCCAGCUUUCAAAGCUGGUACAACACAUCACUUUUUUUUAAAUCUUUUUACUAACUAGUAGUACAUGGAGAAGAUAAAUCUCCAUGGACCACAAAGUAUUAUGAUCAGAUCUCUGAUUGUAACGAGAAUUAUGUCUUUUCAACAUAGAUGCCAAUAUUCACCUCUUGGCAUCCAUGUUUCAAACACAUAAUAUGCUCAUUAUGAUUGGCAAACUGGUCGUAAUCCUGUAUGUUAUAGAGAGGUCCUUACGUAUGAACCUCACUUUUAAAAUUAAGUGGUUCUUCCGCUGCCACAAUGAGGUUCAUAUAUAAGAACUUUGCUGUUACAGCUGUGUCAGCUUUAUGCUACCACGCAUGUGCAGUUACCACAGACUCGCAUGACUAGUCAAACAUGAAGUGCAAUGCACUGCACUGCUAGUCAGCCAACAGCUUUAAAAGCUGUUAAGACACUAUUAAGAUACUACUUGCUACCACACUUUUGUUUUAAUUGGUUGUACAUCAGGGCAACUAAAAUUUCCAUUGUCUUACAAAGACUUAUAAUCGGGUCUCUUGUCAUAAUGUUCUAUUUGUGUUUUCAGAGUGGAUUCAGGAAAUUCGCCACUUGGGCUUCACUGUCAAAGUGAAUUUCUCUUAUCCAUUUCUUGGGCAUAUAACGUCUUGGUUAUGAUCAGAGAUCCAAUCAUAAUUCUCUGUGUCAUAUUCAAAAAACAGGUCACAAACUUCAGGGCCUAUGCACAGCCUGAAAAUGAUGCACUCUGUUCUCUGCAGACCUUCAGAGUCAUCUGUCUGCAACACAACAUCUGAUGCAGAGCACAAGUAUAUGACUCUACAUAAACAGUCAGGUGAUGGAAAUAUUCAUUACCUGUAGGAAUUUGCUGAAAAUUUGUCCCCCUAAAGGUAUACUGCAUUCAGUUAAUUUGUUAAUUUCAUUAGCAAUUCAGCAAUGUUAUACUAACAAAAAACAGGUCACAAACUUCAGGGCCUAUGCACAGCCUGAAAAUGAUGCACUCUGUUCCCUGCAGACCUUCAGAGUCAUCUGUCUGCAAGACAACAUCUGGUGCAGAGCACAAGUAUAUGACUCUGCAUAAACAGUCAGGUGAUGGAAAUAUUCAUUACCUGUAGGAAUUUGCUGAAAAUUUGUCCCCCUAAAGGUAUACUGCAUUCAGUUAAUUUGUUAAUUUCAUUAGCAAUUCAGUAAUGUUAUACUAUUUUGUGUGUGUGUUUUUAAUGUCUUUCUGAAUAUUUUAUACUUCUGUGUACUAUUUGUUGUUAAUUUGUUAUUCAUAUUUUGCUUAAGCUUCUCUCUCUCUCUCUGGGUCACUGCAGCAAAGGGACUCCUGCCCAGUCAGACUUUUUUGGUAAACAAAUACAAGUGAAGAAAUAAAUGCAAGUAAAUACUU